AUGGAUUAUAAUGACCAAAGACGUCAGGAUAAAUCAUGGAAUGAUCCACCAAUGUUUUCUGUUGAACAAAUAAAUCAGGCCGCUAAUACAGCACCUACUAGUAAACGUUAUAGAUAUCCACAGCCGGUCCAGCCAGCCGUAAAUCAGCCAACUUAUCCGAAUUAUCCGCAAGGAGCUGUCAAUUCAUAUGGAAAUUAUAAUAAUAAUGCUUCGAUGGCACCGGCUUAUCAACAACCGCAACAAUAUCCAUCCUAUGGAAACACUUCAAAUGCAUACGGGUCAUCAAUUCAACAGCCAGCAAUGCCACAAAAUUAUAACUAUCCUUCCCAACCCAUGAAUCAAUAUAAUCCAUUAACCUAUACAUCACAACCAGUUGGUGUUCAAUCGAACCAAGUCAUCCCGUCAAAUGACAAUACAGGUUACCCACCAUCAUCGACAACUUCUAUGCCUAGUCCAUAUGGCACUGUUACCGAAUCGAAUUUAGUUCAGCCUCCAUCUACAAUAGCAAAUAAUGCAACACAACCGGUUGGAUUCAUGAAUAUGAAUUCAGUUCCGAUCGCUUCAAUGAAUCAAUCAGCACCUGCUCCUGGAUUUAAUUACAAUCAGUCACAACAACAAUAUCCAUACAGGCAAUAUUGAGCUAUAUGAUAAAAUAAUACAAAUUUGUGGUAAAAAUUUUCAUUGUCUAGAUUUUUUUUUAACAAAUAAAAUUGAGGAUUUUUGCAUCAUUUUGGUAAUUCAAA